AUAAUACUUCGUAGUGUAGCCUACAUCACUCAGCUUUGUGAGGCAGAUGUUUUUAGAAGGUGUAGUUACCUCAGCCGCCCUGCCCAGAGACCAGCUGCUCUGACUAGGUGAAAAGAAAAAAAAAAUCCGUACCCUGCGGUGAAUUCCUUAUUCACCACUGACAAAACACCUCCCUGCUUCGACUGAGUCCUGCCAACAAACUUUAGCAUCCUCCUCAGAGAGCGUAAGUAAAUCUUUGAAGGCGAAAAUGGGAGAAAUGCCGGAGCAGAAGAAGUUUUCUGAAGUUAUUACUCAGAUAUUUCAAGAGGCGCCAGCUGCCAGGAAGGGUCUCGUUGAUAAUCACAGUAACCUGCUCAAAGUGGCGGAUUACUGCGAAAGCAACUACCUUCAGGCAGAGGACUCUGCCAAGGCUAUGGAAGAGGCCAAAGCUUUAGCUGCCCAGUCUCUGGCCAGUGUCUCCUACCAGAUUAACAGCCUGGCCUGCACCUUGCUGAAACUACUUGACUCUCAGGCUAUGCAGGUUAAAGAUAUGGAGUCCUCCAUCAACCUGCUGUCACUGGCUGCAGCCAUCCACUUUGAGAAGGUUGCAAGGAGAGAGAUCGGUGCUUUUACUACUCCAAAAGCCAAGAGUCGCUCCAAACUUCUGACUCCACCGACCUCAGGCAAAGAGCCAGAGAAAAAAUACGGAAGAGUCCCUAUUUCAUACUCCAUCUUGGACUCCAUCGGACACAGUUUUCAGAUCUUUGAGCAGCCACCAAGAGAGAGAGCAGACACCACAGAGAGCAUAUACAGCACUGCAGACUUCUCUGUAUCAAAUUUCGGCAUCGCUGUGCCUCCUCCAUCAGUCCCUACCCUGCAAACUGGCUCCACCACCGCCAACGACAACCUGCCUCCCCCUCCUCCUCCUGCUGCCGACUUUGAUUCCAACAUGGUUCCUCCUCCCCCACCACCUCCACCCUCAUCCUCUAUAGACACUGGCCUCCCACCUCCACCCUACAUGUCCUCACCCACGGGUCUACCCCUUCCUCCCCCUCCACAGCCUAUCUCUCCUUCAAACGGCAUGUACCCACCUCCACCACCACCACAGGCAGGAGGUGCUGCCCCUCCACCUCCUCCUCCUCCUCCUCCAAUGGCAGGAGGUGCUGUCCCUCCUCCUCCUCCUCCUCCUAUGGUAGGAGGUGCUGCUCUUCCUCCUCCUCCUCCACCUCCUCCUAUGGUAGGAGGUGCUACUCUUCCUCCUCCUGCUCCUCCACCACCACCUCAGAUGGGCACCUAUGGUGUUGUGCCACCUGCUCCCCCUCCUCCUCCAUUUUAGUCGUUAAUGGGAUUUUUUUGCUCACAAUGUUAACAUCAUGAUUAAAUAACUUGGAUUCUGCUAUUAGAUGAACAUGUAAAACACGUUCUUUAUGGGAAACAUUGUUUAGCUUUGUUGUGAGACAAGCUUUAAUAAAAGCUUGAAAAAGUGCUUGGAGUGAUGUAACUGAGCUGUUUUCUCUGGGUUAUGAUACAGUGCCAGCCUCAAAGGAUCUUUUCUUUUCUGGGACUAAAAACCUUCAUUCCUCCAACAUGUUACAACAAAACCUUGUCUGCAUUCCUGAGACACAAGCCGGAACAGGGACUCUAGUUUCCCUGAAUGCCUCUUCUUUCGUAAAGUCACCACCAAUCUCUAUUAGGCCUUUGUGUUUUUUUACAAUGUACCUCAAUCUGCUAUUGGCUCUUAUGUCCAGACAGUCUGUCAGUAUUCUGUGUGUUGAGAACAGGGUCAGUGGUGACACAUUGUUUACGUCACUGGCUCUAACCUCUGGGAGUUCUGCUACUUUACACAGGCAAUGAGGCUAUAUACAUAUCUCUGUUAGGUCAGCACUCUACAUGACCUGUAUUUCACAGCUUGUUUUUGAAGGUAAGCUGAAUUUUCUGCGUCAAAAUAUAUUGAAUUAGCAAUGAACUCUAAUCCAAACUAAUUUUCUUUGCUGAUGUAUAUUUGACUGUCCGGUAGGGUUUGUAACAUGUUACUUGAACACUAGUUAUACUGUUUGAUUCAAAAAUAGCUACUGCAUUUCACUGCUGACAACUUUCAUGUUAUAGAGCCAUUUUAAAGUCAGAAUAUGUUUAAGUGCAACAUUCAUUAAAAGGUACUAAAUUA